CAGAAGCAGAAGCUGGUCUUUGCGCGUGGAGUCGCCGUCGCGAAUCACGCCAGGCGCGAGGCGGAGAGUCGCACGUGCGACUGGGCGGGCGCGGCGACUCGGCGAGUCGUGGCCGGGGCGUGGUCGGGCGGCUGGCGGCAUUCGAGCACGAUGUCGUCGCAUGCGGUUUGGACCGGCAACGGUCAUACAAUUCUGUAUGCACCGUACACUUAUGAGAAAAUCGUCGGUCCCGAACAUCUAUGGAAUCCGAUGGCUGUGCAUGCAUUCUUCGCUCGGCACUGGAGCUCGUCGAUAUAUCUUGCACUCGGUUAUGUGGCUAUCAUUAACGUUCUGCAACGAGUUAUGGAGAAUCGGAAACCGUUAAGCAUGAAAACUAUAAUGCUAUUCUGGAAUGGAGCAUUGGCUAUAUUUAGCAUGAUGGGAACAUGGCGAUUUGGCUUAGAAUUUUUCAACAUGUUAUGGACAAGACCUUUCACGGAUUCCGUAUGCUUUUCUGUGGAUCCGAACGGACCAGCAUCAUUUUGGGCGUGCAUGUUUGCGUUCUCAAAAAUCGCAGAGCUCGGUGACACAUUAUUCUUGGCUUUACGGAAACGACCAGUGAUCUUUCUACAUUGGUACCAUCAUGCUGUUGUACUCGUUUACGUCUGGCAUUCAGCUGUCGAACUGACCGCUGCUGGACGUUGGUUUAUAUGGAUGAACUAUUUCGUGCAUUCGAUUAUGUACACCUACUACGCUAUAGUGUCGACUGGCAAACGAUUACCUAAACGGCUGUCAAUGACUGUCACUGCCUUGCAAACAACGCAGAUGCUCAUUGGUGUUGCGAUCUCUGUCUAUGUGCUAUACCUCAAACUGAAUGGCGCGGUAUGCCAGCAGUCUUUCGACAAUCUUGCCAUUUGUUUUGCAAUCUACGCAUCGUUCCUCAUUUUGUUCUCUAAAUUCUUUAACUCGGCCUACCUCGUAAAGAAGAAGCAACAACAGCCCAAGCCGGUGAAAACCGACUGAAAACCACGGUUGGUGUUAUCGUAUUUCGCACAUGCACAUACAGAAAGUAUCUAUCUACCUAAUAGCUGUCAAUUAUCUAUUAAGUCAAUCAAUCGGUGUGUGGUCUUUGUGAAUCCCAUGAUUUAUGUGAUCUUUGCAUGUCACUUAAUUAGUAAUUAAUUUACCGUAUAUCUUUAACCUCAUUAUAAACAUCAAACUCCUUGUUGCGGAGAUUGGGUACGUACGUCGUUUUUGAGGUGAUUUGAUUUUCGUUUAUUUUCAUUGUUAUGAACUAUGAAUGUACAUAAGAGAAUGGUGACAAGAAUCAAUGAAGAUGUUGUGUUUUC